AUGGGAGGCCCUGGGUACACUGCGACGAAGUUGGGUGAAGUCAUAUAUCUAACUAAAUGUGUUCCAGCUAUGGUUACGGUGCGUCAAGUUGACAGAUGUUACAAUGAAUUACCCAUCAUGUACAAAAAUGAAAGUUACUUCCUCACUCCAAGAUCCAGGUUGAUUCAGCGUCAUGGUACAGAGGUAACCUGUAGCGGUCUAUAUGCUCCCAUGUUUAAGGUGGAUGGAUCAUGGUACUUAAUCAAUAAGGGACAAUCAGAAACCAUAGCACCAAUAACACUUGAUCCUGAGGUAAGGAGCAGAGAAGAGGCUUGGUCGUAUAAGUCUAUCAAGAAUUUAGCUUCUACUGGUAUCUACUCACAGAACGAAUUGGAUAUACUGAGAGACCAUAUCAUGCUCGGUAACGAAAGAGAGGCGAUACAGGGCGUUAUUGUCAGGAGUAUGUCAGGUCAAAGACCAGAUAUGCAAGAUUUAGUUCCAACCAACCUAUUCAUGGAAGCCGACAUAAAGACAUUUGCAGACAAGAUUACAACACAAAUUUGGGGUUGGUUCUCGGUAUUCGGUAACCUGACCGCAGGAGCCAUUGGAAUUAUUAUUAGAGGGGAAGUAUUUGCUAGUAUGAAAGACAAAAGCUACAAGGUAUCUAUAGUAUUGGAACAGAAUGGUGAUAUUAGAGAAGCCACUUGCAUUUGUCCUAGAGGCAUAAAAUGCCAUCACAUCGCAGCGUUGGCUCUUUUUGGGCAUUAUCAUAUAUCGGUAACAGAUAAAGCAUGUGCAUGGAAUGCACCACCCAAACCAAAGGAUGGGCCAGUGAAAUGUGCAGAAGAGCUUUAUCCACCAAAGCCCUAUACAGCUCUCGAAGGUGGGGUACCAGAGGCAUCAAUCAACAGAUUGAAGGAAAGGCUACGCAGCUUCGGAAAUACUGUUGGUUUUACUUGGCUAUUGAAUGAGGAGUCAAUAAAUCCGCUGGAAAAUAGAUUUGCGAUAAUCGAAGAGAUAAUUUCUUCCAAGGAUUUUUUGGAGGCCACAGAUAAAGUGUCUGUGUUCAGACAGAAAUGUGCUGUCGAUGAUCAUUCGAUAAAAGACAUGGCUGCUACCACAACUGGUCAGGUGUCAAAUGAAAAAUGGUUCCUUGUGAGAAAAUUUCGUUUGACUGCUAGCAACUUUGGUGCUAUUAUUGCAGCGUGCCAAAGAAACAGAUUCCCAGUGAGUUUGUUCAAGACGCUCUUAGGCGAGUACAAUUUGGAUGGUAUCAAAGCAAUCCAGUGGGGCAGAACGCAUGAAAAAGAUGCUCUAGACCAUUUGAAGUCUAAUUAUAACUUGAAUAUUCGACCAACCGGAGUAUGGCUCUCAAAUUCAGGACUUCUUGGUGCCAGCCCUGAUGGAUUGAUUGAUGAAGAAGAGGCCAUUGUGGAAGUAAAAUGUCCUUAUUCUCUCAGAAAUGAUCAAUUGUCCGAAAAAUUAAAGAAUUUAAAUAAAUAUAUAAUUUUUUAUGAUGAUGAGGGCAAUUUAAUGUUGAAUACUAAUCACAAUUACUAUCACCAAAUUCAAGGUGCUUUACAUAUUUUAAAAAAGGAGAAAUGUUAUUUAUGUAUUUAUACGUUGAAAGAAACAAUUGUAACAGUUAUAGAGUUUGACGAUUCAUGGAAAGAAAAUCUUUCAGUCUUGGAAAAUUUCUAUAUAAAACAAUACCUACCAAAGUUGUUAGAAAAUUAAUUAAUAAAUUGUGAAUUUUUAUUUAAUGUGCUUUUAUUUAAUUCCACAAUGUAAGCAGAUGGAGUACACUGUUUGAAAAAUGUAUAUCAUUUAUUUUAGACUGAA